AUGGAAAUUACGAGUAGGCUGAAUAAAUUGGAUAUAUCUCAAAUUACGGGUGAUACUGUCGACGAGUUUGAGAUUGAGAUCAAUGAGCAAACUAGCCUCUUGGAAAAAGAAUUGGAAAAUGAGACGCUAAAAAAGCGGGAUUUAACUAAUGAAAUUAAUAUGCUUCAUGCUCAAGUUUCUGAGCUGUGGGAUCGGGUGGAUAAAGCACGACGUCGAGAGACUGACAUCUCUUAUCGUGUUAUCGCUUGGGCCCAACACUUGGCUCAACAAAUGAAUAAUUCAAAACUACGAAAGGAGAAGCUUGGAUUCACUGUAGAUUCAUCGGCGACGUUGUCGUCGGACAUUAUGAAGGAUUUGGACAAGCUCAACGAAAAACGAGACAACGUACAGAAGAUGAGAGAUGAGAUUGACACCAGAAGGCAUUUGCACAAGAAUCAAUUGCGACGCGCUAGGAAUGAAAUGAAGGAGGAGGAGCUUCAAAUCAAAUACUGGAAUGCGGUGGCUUCUGAAGUGGAGAAGGCGUUGGCCCAGUUGAAAAUUCGAAAAGACAAUUUGAUAAAUUUUGAUGAGGAUGACGAUGCUGAACAACCUCAGAUGGGAACUCGAGCUGACAAAUCAUUAGGACUUUUAGCCAAACGUUUUAUUCGAAUGAUUCAGCAAUCACCAUACGGGCGUUGUGAUCUGAAUACGGCUGCUGAAGCAUUAAAUGUUCGACAAAAGAGGCGUAUUUAUGAUAUCACGAAUGUAUUAGAGGGUAUUGGUCUCAUCGAGAAGCGCACGAAAAACAUGAUUCAAUGGAAAGGAGGCGAUUUCAUGAUUUCUAAUCGAAAAGAUGGCCGGCGGGCUCCGGCCACUAGCGAGGAGGAAAAACGCAUGAACGUUUUAAAACGAGAUAUUGACCAGUUGGAACGCGAUGAACGGAUAAUAGACGAUCACCAUAAAUGGCUGUUGCAGUCCUUGCGAAAUGUGUUUGAAACUGAAGCAAAUUGUAAAUUCGGCUAUCUACCUGGACCAAAAAUAAUCAGUCUCAUACCAAAUAGGCAAAUUUUUGGAAUGCAAACCAAAAUAGGAACACAGGUCACUGUGGGGACACCAAAGUAUGACGAAAUAAUAACGAGCGAUGUGAACCUUGGAAAUCGGUGGAUGUACGUCAAAUCUCAAACUGGGCCACUUCAUGCCGCAAUAAUGAAGGGUGAUGUGAAGGUAGAUGGUGUUAUGAGGAGAGCAGAUCCUGAACUCAAAACUCUUCGACGAAUGGAUGGAUUAGAUGUCGAUCCGCAACAACCUCAUACUGAAGAAACCGGGUUAGAGCAAAUACUUGAAGGUGACGAAUUUAGCGAAGAGCAAUUGAGAAAUCGAUUGAACAAGGAUAUGGAGCAAGCGCAAAAUGUGAAUGAAACAUUGAAAGAACCAGAAAUACCUGAUAACAUUGGAAAUAUCUGUGAAAACGAGGAACAAUACACAACAAUGUUUGUGAAUGAAACCAAUGAAGGAAGUCAGGAAAAAGAUGAUCAGCGUCAUCAUCAACACGAUGUUAACACGAUUAUGAUGCGGACAAUAUCACCGCCGCCAGUGAGUAGCGACUACAUCUUCUCAUCAUCGCGCAACGGCAACACAUUCGAUUCAGUCAUCGAUGUCUACGCCGACUAA